GCUUUCUAUACAUUUUUUUUUUUUUUUUUUGGAGCUAACGUUAAAUAACGUGAAAUUAUCUACAUAUUCAAUUUUGUACUCCUGUGUUGCGCCGAUAAUAGACCGUAAAAAUACAACGAUAACAAUAAAGAAAGCAAUUCUUAAACAUGCGUCCUUUCGGCAAUGAUAUCACAAACAUCUCCAAUAACAGUGGAGGGGGAAACGGUGAGGAUCGUUCAAAUGGCAAUGGCAACAAUCCGGUCAAUAGAGACAGCGGGGAAUCGGACUCCUCCAGCAAUGAAGUAGCAUUGGACACAGAAGUGGAUCCACGUAUACCUCCACAUAUAGCCAGAAUUGGCGGCAUAGUUACAUUCUCGCCAAUUGCCGGACGUGGAGUUAUACGAGUGGUGCAACGCUGUGAAGACGCUAAGGAGAAUCACAUGCUAGAUCUAUCGCAAUGUGAAUUGAUGCAAAUACCAGAUGCAGUUUAUCACCUGAUGCGGAAUACAAUACUACAGACGUGCAACCUUAGCGGCAAUGUGCUGAAGAAGCUGACGCCAAAAUUUGCGCUGAAAUUCAGCGCAAUAACAGAUCUCAAUCUCUCAUAUAAUCAAUUGUCAAAACUGCCGGACGAAUUGGCCAAUCUGAGUGCUUUAACCACCUUAAAUAUCUCACACAACUCGUUUAUAACAUUACCUCAAGUCGUCUUUAAGCUACAGAAGCUUGCCACCUUGGAUGCUCAACAGAAUGCUAUUUUGGAGAUUGAUACUGAUGAAGCAAUUAGCAGUGACUCCCUGGCUUUAGUGGAUCUGCGCAACAAUCCACUGAGCAGAAACUGUCGUCGCAAACUACAAGAUUACAAAACCAGCUUCCGCCUAGAGAUUUCAAGUGAUGUUGAAGACGAUUGGUAGGGCUGGGUGUAUUUAAAUAAUUUAAUUGUUAUCUUUAGAAAACACUUGCUGUAAUGUUUUCAAUGAUUUGAUUAAUUUGGUUAAUUAAAGUACAUGUACAU